CCGCCCCGACUUUCCCUCCGCUGCCGGCAGGGAAGGCAGGAGCCGGCAGCGGUCUGCCCUUCUCCAACUCUCGUCCCUUCUUUCCUCGUCUACCUUCAGGAGCCCCCACCCCGCCUGCCUCUCUCCUCCUCUUUCUGCUCUGCAAUCAGGGGAAUAAAUCAGGGAAGGACACACACACACACAGAGUGAGCGGAGAUCUGUUACAAAAGUAGCCCUGAUGGCGGCGGAUCAGAUGAAGCUGGAGCUGCUGCUGGAGUAGCAGAGAGUAGAGUAUCUCCCUCUCUCUGUGUCUCUCUUCUCUAUUUCUCCUCUUCCCCCCCUCCACCCACAGAUCUCCAUCGUUUCUCCUCCUCCUUCCCACCCUCGGCCGCGAUCCCGCUUCUUCGCACAUCUCUGGGCUGCGCCUUCUGCGAGGGGGCGGGUGGGAGGGGGGGGAGCGGAGGAGGCUUUAAAAAACAACAGCCCCCCCCCACACCACCACACACACAAUUAUUGAAUUUAUUAUUAUUGCCGUCUCGCCGACUUGGGGAAGGGGGAUCGAUCUUCGAUCAGGAAGAUGGCUGCUGGCUGGCUGCUAGUCUUUAGCCUGACACUUUUCCAGUCCCUGGUGAUGAACCACUCCUCGGAGGGACCUUUCCCUUCGGCCACCACGAUAAAAUCAUGGGUAGAUAAGAUGCAAGAAGAUCUUGUAACAUUAGCACGAACUGCAAGCGGAGUGGACCAGCUUGCUGCGAUUUAUUUGAAAAACAGAAAUUUGUAUACUGUAGAAGCCAACAACCCACGUCAGCUAGUGGAAAUUGCAGCCAGAGACAUAGAAAAACUUCUGAGUAAUAGGUCUAAAGCCUUGGUGCGCCUCGCUAAAGAAGCAGAGAAGUACCAAGCAUCACAUCAGUGGAGGGAUGAGUUUGGGAAUAAUGAUAUAAUCUACUACAAUGCAAAAGAUGAUCAGAAUGAUCCUGAAAAGAAUGACACUGAAUCUGGCAGCCAGAGAAUCAGACCAGUAUUUGAAGAAGAUCCUGUUUUCCGACGGCAAACGUCUUACCAACAUGCAGCAGUCCACAUACCAACAGAUAUUUAUGAAGGCUCAACGAUAGUGUUAAAUGAACUCAACUGGACUGCAGCGUUGGAUGAUGUAUUCAAGCGGAACAGAGAAGAAGACCCCACUUUAUUAUGGCAGGUUUUUGGUAGCGCAACUGGCCUCGCUAGGUAUUACCCAGCUUCCCCAUGGGUAGACAAAAGUCGAACUCCAAACAAAAUAGAUCUGUAUGACGUUCGCAGAAGACCAUGGUAUAUCCAAGGAGCUGCAUCUCCCAAAGAUAUGCUUAUUUUAGUUGAUGCGAGUGGGAGUGUCAGUGGAUUGACAUUGAAGCUGAUCCGCACCUCGGUCAUUGAGAUGUUAGAGACCUUGUCUGACGAUGACUUUGUGAAUGUAGUUUCAUUUAACAAUAAUGCCCAGAACGUCAGUUGCUUUAAUCAUCUUGUCCAAGCUAAUGUGAGGAACAAGAAGAAGCUGAAAGAAGCUGUCUAUAAAAUCUCUGCUAAAGGAAUUACAGAUUACAAAAAAGGCUUUAGCUACGCUUUCGAACAGCUGCUAAACCACAGUGUCUCUAGAGCUAACUGCAAUAAGAUUAUCAUGCUGUUUACGGACGGCGGUGAAGAAAGAGCACAAGAAAUUUUCCAUAAAUAUAAUGAAGACAAAAAAGUACGUGUGUUCACGUUUUCUGUUGGUCAGCAUAAUUAUGACAAAGGACCCAUACAGUGGAUGGCCUGUGAAAAUAAAGGUUAUUAUUAUGAAAUUCCGUCCAUUGGAGCCAUAAGAAUCAACACCCAGGAAUAUCUGGAUGUUUUGGGAAGACCAAUGGUUUUAGCUGGAGAGAAAGCCAAACAAGUCCAAUGGACAAAUGUCUAUCUGGAUGCUCUGGAGCUGGGCCUUGUGAUUACAGGAACUCUACCUGUCUUCAAUCUAACAAAGGAACAAAAUGGAAAAAUAAAUCAGCUGAUUCUUGGAGUAAUGGGGGUUGAUGUCUCUUUGGAGGACAUAAAAAAACUGACACCGCGAUUUACACUUUGUCCAAAUGGAUACUAUUUUGCAAUUGAUCCUAAUGGGUAUGUGCUACUUCAUCCAAAUCUUCAACCAAAGCAAAUUGGUGUGGGCAUACCAAAGGUUAAAUUGAGAAAAAGGAGACCCAAUGUACAGAAUCCUAAAUCCCAGGAGCCUGUUACGCUGGAUUUUCUAGAUGCUGAAUUGGAAAAUGAUAUUAAAGUUGAGAUUCGGAAAAAAAUGAUAGAUGGAGAAAGUGGAGAAAAAACAUUUGAAACACUGGUCAAGUCCCAAGAUGAGAGAUAUAUUGAUAAAGGAAACAGAACAUAUACAUGGACUGCUGUGAAUGGCACCGAUUACAGUUUGGCAUUGGUGUUACCAUCGUACAGCUUUUAUUAUAUUAAAGCCAAAAUAGAAGAACCAAUAACUCAAGCCAGAUUGGCAAUCAAAAAGGAUACAGAAACACUGAAGCUUGAUCAUUUUGAUGAAGCUGGCUAUACAUUUAUAGCACCCAGAGAAUACUGUAAUGAUGUAAAAAAAUCAGAAAACAACACUGAAUUUCUACUAAAUUUCAAUGAAUUUAUUGACAGAAAUACUCCAAGCAGUCCGUCAUGUAAUACUGACAUGGUCAUUAGAGUUUUGCUGGAUGCAGGAUUUACAAAUGAACUUGCCCAAAAUUAUUGGAGUAAACUGUCUCUUGAUGGAGUUGUUGCACAAUUUGUUGUUACAGAUGGUGGAAUUACUAGAGUGUUCCCCAAAAGGGCAGGAGAAGAUUGGCUGGAAAAUGCUGAAACUUAUGAAGUCAGCUUCUAUAAACGGAGUUUAGAUAAUGACAACUAUAUUUUCACAGCUCCGUACUACAACAAAAGUGGUGCCAAUAGCUAUGAAACAGGUAUUAUGGUAAGCAAGGCUGUGGAAAUAACAAUUAAUGGGAAGCUUCUGAAACCAGCAGUUGUUGGAAUAAAAAUUGAUGCAACCAGCUGGAUGGAAAAUUUCACAAAAACCACAAUCAAGAGCCUGUGCAACAGUGAAAUCUGUGGCUGUGAGAGGAACAGUAUGCACGUGGACUGUGUUAUCCUUGACGAUGGUGGAUUUCUCUUGAUGUCAAAUCGGGAUGAAUAUACACAACAGAUUGGAAGAUUCUUUGGUGAAAUUGAUCCUGGUCUGAUGCGAAACCUGAUUAACAUGUCCCUGUAUGCCUUUAACAAGUCGUAUGACUAUCAAUCGGUCUGCGAUCCCGAAGAAGAACCAAAGCAAGGAGCUGGACUUCGUUCUGCUUAUGUGCCUACGAUAACUGAUAUUUUACAUCUAGGAUGGUGGGCUUCGGCAGCUGCCUGGUCUAUCUUACAGCAGCUGUUUUUGAGCUUGACUUUUCCACGUUUCCUUGAAGCAGCUGAUAUGGAAGAUGAUGAUUUUGGUGCCGCCCUGCCUAAAACAAGCUGUAUCACUGAGCAAACUCAGUAUUUCUUUGAAAAUGAUGAUAAAUCCUUUGGUGGGAUUGUAGAUUGUAUAAACUGCUCCAGACUUUAUCAUGCGGAGAAGAUUUCAAACACCAAUCUAGUAUUCAUUAUUAGUGACAGCCAACUGCUGUGCCGCUCCUGUGACCCAAAGCCACUGAUGCAAGCGGAGAAGCCGGAUGAAGGGCCAAAUCCUUGUGAGAUGGUCAAACAACCUAGAUACAGAAAGGGUCCUGAUGUCUGUUUUGAUGAAGCCAAACAGGAAGAUUCGGCUGACUGCGGUGGUGUCUCUGGUCUGAGUCCAUCACUGUGGUCUAUGGUAGGAAUCCAGCUGAUCCUGCUUUGGCUGUUAUCUGGCAGCAGACACGGCCAGUUAUGACCUUGCUAAACCAAAACCUGCAUAACUUAAUCAAGACCCGGCCAAAACGAUAGCCUCAGUUUCAUUUUAAAAAGGGUCAGCUAUUCAGACAGCAGCAGAACAGCAGUGCUCGUGUCUGGUUAUCACUCAUUGUGAGACUCAUAAAGGCACCCACGGUGGCUGCAUGUUGGAGUGUCGGAUCCUUAAAUGUGUGUGAAUGCUGCAUCAUCUAUGCCAUCCAAACAGAAUUCUGUACGUGCUUCAUUGGGGAAUCUAAGAAUAUUUUUUGUUUGUUUGUUGUUGUGAUCUUGAUAACUUCAUGUAAAAGGGCUCCCCUGACAAUAGCUUAUGUAUAUGAUUUUGAUUUCUUUUAAGCUUUGGAUAUCUUGAAGAUUUAUAUUCUUUUACAUGAACAUUUAUUUAAAAAAAAAAAAAGAAAAAGAAAAAAGAAAACAUACUCCCCAAUAUGCAUUACUAGCACCAUGCUGGCUGCUUUGAACAUCAGUUUUGUCCAAACUACUUGAGUAAAAUGAAAAUACUGGCUAGUCUUCAUCAGAAGUUCAGCAUGAUUGAAAUGCUUUAUGAUGAACGGUUUAUUCUUCCGAAAUGAAUCAUGUAGCCAGCUAAGUUUUGGUACAUUGAUGAAUUGUUGGUUGGAAGGAAGGAAGGAAGGAAGGAAGGAAGGAAGGAAGGAAGGAAGGAGGGAGGGAGGGAAGGAAGGAAGGAAGGAAGGAAGGAAGGAAGGAAGGAAGGAAGGAAGGAAGGAAGGAAGGAAGGAAAGGAAGGAAGGAAGGAAAGAAGAAAGGAAGGAAGGAAGGGAGGGAAGAAGGAAAUUUCUUUUUCUAAAAACAUAAAGGUGCUUGAGAGUUUAACUAAAAAGUGAUUCUCAUCUUAAACUUGGUGUCAUAUUCUGUCAGAAAAAAUGUUAAUUUCAAUGUAAUAUUCACCUUCUUUUCACAAUGCAGUUAUAUAUAAAGCUAGGCAAAUCCUUCAAAGGCUCAAACAAAAACGCUUGUGAAUAAAAAAUGUCUUUGUGAUAUUUGAACGUUGGUUUCCAAGGGUAUUUUGCAUGAUGAUGAUGCUAUGUUAUUGUUUUUCAGUUUGUUUUCUUUGAUGGUAGAGUAUAGUCCAUUGAAAGGUAACUGAGUGAUUCUUUUAUUGUGUGAGAAACUGAACAUUGCAAUGUGUUGCAAUCAAAUCAUAUUAAAUUACAUUAUGAAACAGAGCUCUGAAUAUACUGUACAAUGAAAAAGCUGAGAAAAUAGGGUAAAUUUAGCUAUCGUAACAAAAGGGUUGAGUUGGAUUUUUUACAGAAUAGCGAUCUCACAUGAAAACCUGUGUACAGAUAUUUUAAGUAUAUAAAAAUCAGAUUUAACACAUUUAUUUUUGGAAGUAUAUGUUCUCUAAGGUUCAUAUCAGGUUCCCCCUUUGUUUCCUUCAUAUAAAAACACCCAUAAUAUUAAAACUUCUGCUGUUGCUAUUUAUUAUUGCAAAUAGCAUAUUUAACAGCAAAAUGCCCUGGUUAAUGAGAUUAGAAAAAAUCUAAACAAAUGGGGAGCCUUGAAUCUAUAUGUAUGCACAUUGAUACUUGAUUGUGAAUAAUAAUUUUAGAAGUUGUUUUUAUACAACCUCAUUGGUGAUACAGAUUGGUGCAGUAAAUUAUAAUAUUACAGCGUAGCAUAGUGUUGAUGCAAAAUAUGAUUUGCGCUUUUUUUCUAGUUUUCAGAACUAAACAGUAUUGCAAGACAGCUAAACCAAUGAAUGUGCAACUCUGCUGGUAUUGUACAAUUCUGCUAAUGACUGCAAUAUGCAAAUAUUAACAUGGCACAAUACACUAGCUCUUUUAAAAAAUAAGAAAAUACAAAGCAUUGGUAUGUAUAUGCUGGUGAUCGAAUGAUAUAAUUUUGAUCAUGCCAAAAGCUUAAAGAAAUAAUUGGGCAUGCAUUAAUAUCCUAUGAAAACUGAAGAAGCUACUCAAAGCCGUGGCAUGGCGCAAAAGAUCAGAUGUCUACUAUAGUUGUGCUCAUGGCUGGUUCGUUGUUUUUCUCAUGUAUCUUGGCUCCAGCUAUGUAUUUUCUCAUGUUUGGGAAUACAGUGAGUGAAAAAAAAUAAAACCUGACCUUUUGUUCAGUGAUCAGAUUUAGCUUUUUAAAAAAAAUAUCUCUAGUAAAGUCAUGGGGUUAAAAGUACAAGUACCUAUGUUGGAUGACUUCAGGUCCUCCUCAGGGAAGGUGAGCUAGUUUUGAUAAUACUGGUGAAGAUAAUCUUGGAGCUCUUCCUUCCAGUCAUAUUACUGCACUUCUCUUCACCCUAUUAUCAGUUGCUACCUGAUAAAAAAUUAUUUCGCGUCUUUCUAAUGCUGAGACUGCAUCCUGUAUUUUUCCUUAGCAUGGUCAAUUGAAAUUUUAUGGGAGGAAAAAGUGUUGUAGGAUUAGGCCAAUACUGACUGCACUCAUGGCUUUUACUCUAAGAUUGCUUAAAAUACAUAUUAGUUUGCAUUUUACUCUUUUAAUUUAUUGUAAGAUUGUCAGUAUAUUAAGUUCUAUACAGUUUUCACUUAGCUUCCCAAAAGAAACCCUUCAUGGAAAAGUUACAUUAGUUAACAUUUUGGAACAAUUUGCUUAUGCUGGUAGGCCAUAUUCUGAGUUAGUUAAUAAACAUUCGAUUGUCUGUAGGCAGAAAAGAAGGCGGCACAGAGCCCUGUCACCACAGAAAACAGCUGGGCCUUUUGCUCUCUUCCCCCUUCCCUUAGAGUGCCCGAAUACAAAAUGCGGGAGAAGCCCACGCCAUGCAGACACAUUAGCCUUCUUGGGUUAGCCAAAGAGGGAAAUGUCCUUUGUUCCUCUCCUCUGCCUCUCUAUAUGACCUGGAGAAACACAUUUCUGUAUAAACAGCCUUCCAGCCGUUACAUCCUGACAGAAAACUCAGGAUCUGGCCCUCCCAGAAGGGCUUAGUACCAUCCCUAUAGAACUCAAUACUUCAAACGGGAAAAAAAUGAAAUUUUGGCUUCUUUUUGCAGAAAGCAAUAUAUGUUUUGAUUAUAUCCAAGUGAUGGUCAAGAUCUUUUAAAAUGCACUACCUAGAUAGCUGCAAAUUACAAAACACAGAUAAAAAAAUGCAAUGUGAACUUUAGCUAUCUCAAAAUGUGAAUACCGGUCUGUUCGAAAUAACCUCCAUGAAUAUAUACAUAUUUUCCUGCAGAACAGUACCCUUACUCUCACAUAAUGCGUAAUAGUCGUCUUCUCCUGUCUGUGAGAGAGGAAACUUGAUCCUAGGCUUUAAACUGAGACAUUUUCAAAUUACAAUAUGUUUUAAAAACUUUUUUUUUUUUUUAAAGCCAGAUAAAAAAGCUGUCUUGAUAUUUGCUCAGAUCCUUUAAAUAGCACUAAGGGAACUGUUGGGACUAUUUCAGUUUACACAGAAGUCAUGCAGCCUAUUGUAUAUCUGCAAAUAACCACCAUUAAAGUUGUUACAGCAUGGUACAGUGCAAAACAUGAUCUGAGGACUUAACAUGAAAGGUUUCUUUCUAGUUUUUCAUUUAAACAACCAGCAUUACUGCCAAAACACUGACCGCGGUCCAUAUUUGUAACAGGUUUUUAACAUGACAUAGCAGGUAUGACUGACGAGAUUUUUAGGUCCUGUACCUUUAAGACUUUAGUAUGAUCUUUUUCAUGUUUCUAAUGCUUGAGGCUUUACUGCUUAACUUGACAAAAAACCAGUGUUGCUGCCAUUUGUAAGUUUUCCUAUAAUAUUCCUUUUAUUAACUUAAAAACUGGCCUUACCGGAUUCAAAUAGGCAGUAUCCCUUUUAAGUGACCUUUGCAACCCAAGUGUUACUUGCUGUGGUUGAGAGUUUUUGGGUAUCACUGAAGAGACAUUAAGAUCUUUUGUUCCCAUUAACACUUAAGCUCAGAAAACAUGCUUACUAUGUCUUAAUUUCAAAACACAACCUCAGUCCCACUGGUCCUGCAAAUUCAGAUGCUACCACAUUGGUUAUUAAGAAGUAUGUUAAUGCCUACGAGGCACUCCAACGCACUUGGGUGUUUCUGGAAUGUUGACUGAAGGUGAAAUCUUAAUAACUCCUUCCGUAGGAUAAAUUUUACCCUAGCUUCAUCAGACAUCCAAGCCUUUAACGAAGGCCAGAUUUAUUAUUUUUUUUUCAUACCACAAUGUUAAUAUUGUUAAUACUCAUUGUACACUACUGUAAAAAGAUUAAAACAAAGUGUCUGAAAACAAUUCAAGAGUUUUGAAAAGUUAGCCUCACCCUCUUCCCAGCUACUUGCAUCUGUCCCGUUUAUGGUUUAGAAGAAAAACAUCAUCUUGAAGAAAUAAUUUCACUGAGGCUAAAGGGAUACUGUCUUGUUCAGAUGCCAUGGAAUUGCGAUUGUGAUCUGACAAAGCUGUCUUCUCUUCUUGUGUUGUAUGGAAUGUCUGGAUCAUGCUUUCUGGGAUACUUUUAUUGAAAUGCUCAGUGUGCGUUUCUGCAAAAAAAGGCUUGAUUGCUCUUACAAGGCAAGCAGGUCUUUCUCCCUUUUCUUGUGUUCUCUUGACACUUUUGUGGAACUUGACAAGCCUGGAAAAAUAAUUUUUUGUAAAAAUUUGUACAAUAAUGUUAUAAAAAGUUUAUAAUCCUAGAACUGUUGUGUUAAUUCUUGUGCAAAAACAGUAUAUUCAGAAUAAAAGUUUAUCAUUUAAAAUCAACAA